AUGGCGACAACAUUGGCAUCGGCGGCCCGUGCGGCUACUCGCGCUGCAGUCACUCGUAGUGUGUACAGCGACACUCGCAAUAAUUUGAUGAUCAACAAAAGUACCAAAGUUAUCGUUCAGGGAUUCACCGGACGCCAGGGAACUUUCCACAGUAAGCAGAUGCUCGAAUACAACACCAACGUUGUCGGUGGCGUCUCCCCAAACAAAGCUGGACAAACGCAUCUCGGACUCCCAGUUUUCGGAACCGUCGCUGAAGCAAAAGAGCGUACCGGCGCUGAUGCCACUGUUAUCUACGUGCCCGCUGCUGGAGCGGCACGUGCCAUCCACGAAGCAAUGGACGCUGAAAUCGGAUUGAUUGUGGCGAUUACUGAAGGAAUUCCACAACAAGAUAUGGUUAGAGUCAAGAAUAGACUUUUGAAGCAAAACAAAUCCCGCCUCCUCGGACCAAAUUGCCCGGGAAUCAUUGCUUCUGGUGACUGUAAGAUUGGAAUCAUGCCAGGACAUAUCCAUAAGAAAGGUUGCAUCGGAAUCGUGUCCCGUUCUGGAACUUUGACCUAUGAAGCUGUCCACCAGACGACUGCUGUCGGUUUGGGACAGACACGUUGUAUUGGAAUCGGAGGUGAUCCAUUCAAUGGAACCAACUUCAUCGAUUGUCUCGAAGUGUUCUUGGAAGAUAACGAGACGAAGGGAAUCAUUCUCAUCGGAGAAAUCGGAGGACAAGCUGAAGAGCAAGCAGCAGAUUUCUUGAAGUCUCGCAAUUCGGGACCAAACGCGAAGCCAGUUGUAUCAUUCAUUGCCGGUGUCACUGCUCCACCAGGACGUAGAAUGGGACACGCUGGAGCUAUCAUUGCUGGAGGAAAGGGAACUGCUGGAGACAAGAUUGAAGCUCUUCGAAAUGCGAACGUUGUUGUCACUGAUAGUCCGGCAAAGCUCGGAGUUGCCAUGCAAAAAGCGCUGCUUGGAUAG